UUCCUCGGCUGAGGGAGCCCAGGCUGGCUGGUCCCAGCGGGUGGCCAGCCCAGCAGCAAGCAGCGGCAAACUACGAGCCUCCUCCCGCUGCAGCAGGGCUCCAGGCCUGGGGACUCCUUGGAGUCCGCUGAGUCAGUGUCUUCCUGCGCACCUCCCCGGAGACAGGGAGACUGGGAUCUUGUCGGCUUGAGCGCUCGGGGCCCCGCCAGCGGCCUCGGUCACGCUCAGCCUGGCCGGCCCUGCUCAGACUGCGUCCCUGCCGCUCGCCACCGAUCUGCGAGUCGCCUUGCCUUGCCUUGCCUUGGUGAACCUCUCGCAGGCCACUGAGCUAAUUUUUGCGGCCUGGGUGGGGGAGGAGGAAGCAGAGGAGGAGGGAUAAGGGAGGGCAGGGCAGCGCUGGGUGGAGAGCCACCGCCUUCCUCAUAAACAGGCGGGCGUGAGUGCGCAUGGGGCGUGCGGGUAGCGGGGGCUGUGGGCAGUGAGCUGUGCUUGCCGGCCGCGGACCAGUGGCCCGCACUGCUGUCCCUUCCUGGAUCCUCCAACCUUGGUGCAGGAGGGGCGGCCUGUUGGGAGCAGGGUCCAUCAUGGCCAGUGGCAGCUGUCAGGGGUGCGAAGAGGAGGACGAGGAAACUUUGAAGAAGUUGAUAGUCAGGCUGAACAACCUCCAGGAAGGAAAACAGAUAGAGACGCUGGUCCAAAUCCUGGAGGACAUGCUGGUGUUCACCUACGCUGACCACGCCUCCAAGUUAUUUCAAGGCAAAAAUGUGCACGUGCCUCUGUUGAUCGUCUUGGACUCAUAUAUGCGUGUCGCUAGUGUGCAGCAGGUGGGUUGGUCACUUCUAUGCAAAUUAAUAGAAAUCUGCCCAAAUACAAUGCAAAGCUUGAUGGGACCCCAGGAUAUUGGACACGAUUGGGAAGUCCUUGGUGUUCACCAACUGAUUAUUAAAAUGCUUACAGUUCAUAAUGCCAGUAUAAACCUGUCAACGGUUGGACUGAAGGCCUUAGAUCUCCUUCUAACUUCAGGUAAAAUCACUUUGCUAAUAUUGGAUGAAGAAAGUGAUAUUUUCUUAUUAAUUUUUGAUGCCAUGCGAACAUUUUCAACCAAUGGCGAGGUCCAGAAACUUGGGUGCAAAGCUUUACAAGUGCUGUUUGAGAGAGUUUCAGAGGAGCAACUGACUGAAUUUGUUGAGAAUAAAGAUUAUACGAUAUUGUUGAGUGCAUUUAAAAACUUUAAAGAUGAAGAGGAAAUUGUGCUUCACGUACUACACUGUUUACAUUCCUUAGCAAUUCCUUGCAAUAAUGUUGAAGUGCUCAUGAGUGGCAAUGUGAGGUGUUACAAUAUUGUGGUAGAAGCCAUGAAAGCAUUCCCUGUCAACGAAAAAAUUCAGGAAGUGAGUUGCUGCUUGCUCCAUCGGCUUACAUUAGGUAAUUUUUUUAAUAUCCUGGUAUUAAACGAGGUGCACGAGUUUGUGGUGAAAGCCGUGAAGCAGUAUUCGGAGAAUGCGGCAUUGCAAAUUGCAGCGCUCAGCUGUUUAGCACUCCUCACUGAGACCAUUUUCUUAAAUCAAGACUUAGAGGAGAAGAAUGAAAAUCAGGAGAACGCUGAUGAUGAGGACGAAGAUAAAUUGUUUUGGCUACAAGCCUGUUACAAAGCCUUAACGGGGCACAGAAAGAACAAGCAUGUGCAGGAGGCUGCAUGCUGGGCCCUAAACAAUCUCCUUAUGUACCAAAACAAUUUGCACGAGAAGAUUGGAGAUGAAGAUGGCCAGUUCCCAGCUCACAGGGAAGUGAUGCUCUCCAUGCUGAUGCAUUCUUCAUCAAAAGAAGUUUUUCAGGCAUCUGCGAACGCAUUAUCGACUCUCUUAGAACAAAAUGUUAAUUUCAGAAAAAUCCUGUUGUCAAAAGGAAUAUACCUGAAUGUGUUGGAAUUAAUGCAGAAGCACAUACAUUUUCCUGAAGUGGCUGAAAGUGGCUGCAAAAUGCUAAAUCAUCUUUUUGAAGGAAGUAACACUUCCCUGGACGUGAUGGCAGCAGUGGCCCCCAACAUAGUAACGGUUAUGAAAAGUCAUGUGACGUCAUCAUCAGUGCAGCUGGAGGCCCUUCGAGCUAUUUUGCAUUUUAUAGUUCCAGGCAUGCAAGGAGAAUUCACGGAAGACACUGAACAUCAGCACAAGCUAAAUAUAGUUACAGAACAGUGUUUCAGAAAUGAUAUUCACAAACUGGUCUUGCUAUCUUUAAAAAGGUUCGUGGCAAAUCCUGGGAUUCAGAAAUGUGGAUUUAAAGUAAUUUCUUCUGUAGCACGUUUACCUGCUGCAUUAGAGGCGUUAUCUCUGGAAGGCGCUCUUGAUUUGGUGCUUCAGACCCUGCAGAUGUAUCCUGAUGAUCAAGAAAUUCAGUGUCUGGGUGUAAGUCUUAUAGGAUGCUUGAUUAUGAAGAAGACUUUAUUCUUGGUAACUGGUCGUCUGCUGGCAAAAGUUCUGGUUUCCAGUUUACAGCGAUUUAAGGAUGUUGCUGAAUUACAGAUUAAAGGAUUUCAGACAGUCUUGACAGUGCUGGAAUUGUCAGUGUCAUUUUCCAAGCUGUUGGUGCAUUACUCCUUUGAUUCAGUAAUAUUCCAUCAGAUGUCUUCUAGUAUCAUGGAACAGAAGGAUCAGCAGCUCCUAAACCUUUGUUGCAAGUGCUUUGCAAAAUUAGCUAUGGAUGAGGAGUUAAAAUGUGUGAUGCUGGAGAGAGCAUGCGAUCAGAACAACAGCAUCAUGGCUGAAUGCUUGCUUCUGUUGGGAGCGGAUGCCAAUCGAGCAAAGGAGGGAGCUUCUUUAAUUUGUCAGGUGUGUGAAAAAGCCAGCAAUCCCAAACUGGUGGAACUGUUACUGAGUAGUGGGCCCCGUGAACAAGACGUGCGUAAAGCGCUGACAAUAAGCAUUGGGAAAGGGGACGGCCAGACCAUCAGUUUGCUCUUAAGGAGGCUUGCCCUGGACCUGGCUAACAACAGCAUCUGCCUCGGAGGAUUUGGUAUAGGAAAAAUCGAACCUUCUUGGCUCAGUCCUUUAUUUCCAGAUAAGACAUUUAAUUCAAGAAAAGAAACAAAUAUAGGAUGUACCUUAGCAAGAAUGGUCCUCAGAUACCAGAUGAAAAGUGCUGCGGAAGAAGGAGCGGCCUCAGGCAGCAAUGGGCACUUUUCUGAAGAAGUACUUAAUAAAUGUGAUGACUGGACCUUCAUUCCUGAGUCUUACAUGGACAGUGUAUUUGGUCAAAGUGAUGAUCUAGAUAGCGAAGGAAGUGAAGGUUCAUUUCUUGAGAAAAAGAAGUCACAUUCAAUUAGCGUAGGAGAAUUUUGCCGAGAUCCUGCCUUGCAGCGCAACUCACCAGUUUUGCAAAGGCAUCCCAAUUCAUUGGGGCCCAUUUUCAGUCAUGAAGAUUUACUGAAGCGGAAAAGAAAAAUAUUGUCUUCAGAUGAUUCACUCAGGUCAUCGAAACUUCCAUCCCACGUGAGGCAGUCAGACAGCAGUUCUUCCCUGGCUUCUGAGAGAGAAUAUAUUACAUCAUUAGAUCUUUCAGCAAAUGAACUCAGAGAUAUUGACGCCCUGAGCCAGAAGUGCUGCAUAAGUGGGCACUUGGAGCAUCUUGAAAAGCUGGAGCUUCACCAGAAUGCACUCACGAGCUUUCCACAACGACUCUGUGAAACUCUGAAGUGUUUGACACAUUUGGACUUGCACAGUAAUAAAUUUACAUCAUUUCCCUCCUACUUGUUGAAAAUGAAUUGUAUCGCCAACCUUGAUGUCUCUCGGAAUGACAUCGGACCCUCAAUAGUUUUGGAUCCUGCGGUGAAGUGUCUGACCCUGAAACAGUUUAACCUGUCAUAUAAUCAGCUGACUUCUGUUCCUGAGAACCUCGGUGAUGUGGUGGAGAAGCUGGAACAGCUCGUGUUAGAAGGAAAUAAAAUAUCAGGAAUGUGUUCCCCACUGAGCCUGAAAGAGCUGAAGAUUUUGAACCUCAAUAAAAACCACAUUUCAUCCCUAUCAGAGGACUUUCUUGAGGCUUGUCCUAAAGUGGAAAGUUUCAGUGCUAGAAUGAAUUUUCUUGCUGCUAUGCCUUUUUUGCCUUCUUCGAUGACGAGCAUAAAAUUAUCUCAAAACAGAUUUACAUGUGUUCCAGAGGCAAUUUUAAAUCUUCCACAUUUGCGAUCCUUAGAUAUGAGCAGCAAUGAUAUUCAGUAUCUACCAAGCCCUGCACGUUGGAAAUCUCUGAACUUAAGGGAGCUCUUGUUUAGUCAUAAUCAGAUCAGCAUCUUGGACUUGAGUGAAAAAGCACAUGCAUGGUCUAGAGUAGAGAAACUACAUCUUUCUCAUAAUAAGCUCAAAGAGAUUCCUCCUGAGAUUGGCUGUCUUGAAAACCUGACAUCUCUCGAUGUUAGUUACAACUUGGAACUGAGAUCCUUUCCCAAUGAAAUGGGGAAAUUAAGCAAAAUAUGGGAUCUUCCUUUGGAUGAACUGCGUCUUAAUUUUGAUUUUAAACAUAUAGGAUGUAAAGCCAAAGACAUCAUAAGGUUUCUUCAACAGAGGUUGAAAAAGGCUGUGCCCUACAACCGCAUGAAACUCAUGAUUGUGGGAAAUACUGGGAGUGGUAAAACUACCUUGUUGCAGCAAUUAAUGAAAACCAAAAAAUCAGAACUUGGCGUGCAAAGCCCCACAGUUGGCAUAGACGUGAAAGACUGGCCUAUCCAAAUAAAAGGCAAAAGGAAGAAAGACCUCAUUCUGAAUGUGUGGGAUUUUGCAGGUCGCGAGGAAUUCUAUAGCACUCACCCCCACUUCAUGACCCAGCGGUCUCUGUACCUGGCUGUCUAUGACCUCAGCAAAGGGCAAGCUGAGGUAGAUGCAAUGAAGCCUUGGCUCUUCAAUAUAAAGGCUCGCGCUUCUUCCUCCCCGGUGAUUCUUGUCGGCACGCAUUUGGACGUUGCGGAUGAGAGGCAGCGCAAAGCCUGUAUCAGUAAAAUAAACAAGGAACUCUUGAACAAGCGAGGGUUUCCCGCAAUACGCGAUUACCACUUCGUGAACGCCACUGAGGAAUCCGACGCUUUGGCAAAACUUCGGAAAACCAUCAUAAAUGAGAGCCUUAAUUUCAAGAUUCGAGAUCAGCCUGUUGUUGGGCAGCUCAUUCCAGACUGCUAUGUGGAACUUGAGAAAAUCAUUUUAUCAGAGCGUAAAAACGUGCCAAUUGAAUUUCCUGUAAUUGACCGGAAACGAUUAUUACAACUUGUGAAAGAAAAUCAACUGCAGUUAGAUGAAAAUGAGCUUCCUCAUGCAGUUCACUUCCUAAAUGAAUCAGGGGCCCUUCUUCAUUUUCAAGACCCAGCACUACAGUUAAGUAACUUAUAUUUUGUGGAACCCAAGUGGCUUUGUAAAGUCAUGGCACAGAUUUUGACAGUGAAAGUGGAAGGCUAUUCAAAGCAUCCUAAAGGAAUUAUUUCACGUAGAGAUGUGGAAAAAUUUCUUUCAAAGAAAAAGAGAUUCCCAAAGAACUACAUGCACCAGUACUUUAAACUCCUAGAAAAAUUUCAGAUUGCCUUGCCAAUAGGAGAAGAAUAUUUGUUGGUUCCAAGCAGUUUGUCUGACCACAGGCCUGUGAUAGAGCUUCCCCAUUGUGAGAACUCUGAAAUUAUUAUUCGACUGUAUGAAAUGCCUUAUUUUCCAAUGGGAUUUUGGUCAAGAUUAAUCAGUCGAUUACUUGAAAUUUCACCUUACAUGCUUUCAGGAAGAGAACGAGCACUUCGCCCAAAUAGAAUGUACUGGCGACAAGGCAUCUACUUGAAUUGGUCCCCUGAAGCUUAUUGUCUGGUAGGAUCUGAAGUCUUAGAUAAUCACCUGGAGAGUUUCUUAAAAAUUACAGUUCCUUCUUGUAGAAAAGGCUGUAUUCUUCUGGGCCAAGUUGUGGACCACAUAGAUUCUCUCAUGGAAGAAUGGUUUCCUGGGUUAUUGGAGAUUGAUAUUUGUGGUGAAGGAGAAACUUUGUUGAAGAAGUGGGCAUUAUAUAGCUUUAAUGAUGGUGAAGAACAUCAAAAAAUCUUACUUGAUGACUUGAUGAAGAAAGCAGAAGAAGGAGACCUCCUGGUAAAUCCAGAUCAACCAAGGCUCACCAUUCCCAUAUCUCAGAUUGCUCCUGACCUGAUUUUGGCUGACCUUCCUAGAAAUAUUAUGUUGAACAGUGAUGAAUUGGAAUUUGAACAAGCUCCAGAGUUUCUCUUAGGUGAUGGCAGUUUUGGAUCGGUUUAUCGAGCGACCUAUGAAGGGGAAGAAGUGGCUGUGAAGAUUUUUAAUAAACAUACAUCACUUAGACUGUUAAGACAAGAGCUGGUGGUGCUUUGCCACCUCCACCACCCCAGCUUAAUAUCUUUGCUGGCAGCUGGGAUUCGUCCUCGGAUGUUGGUGAUGGAGCUGGCCUCCAAGGGCUCCCUGGACCGCCUGCUGCAGCAGGACAAAGCCACUCUCACCAGAACUCUGCAGCACAGGAUCGCACUACAUGUGGCUGAUGGCUUGAGAUACCUCCACUCAGCUAUGAUCAUAUACCGCGAUUUGAAGCCGCACAAUGUAUUGCUUUUCACACUGUAUCCCAAUGCUGCCAUCAUUGCCAAGAUUGCUGACUAUGGGAUCGCUCAGUACUGCUGCAGAAUGGGAAUAAAAACAUCAGAAGGCACACCAGGGUUUCGUGCACCUGAAGUUGCUAGAGGAAAUGUAAUUUAUAACCAACAGGCUGAUGUUUAUUCAUUUGGCUUACUACUGUAUGACAUUUUCACAUCUGGAGGUAGAAUAGCAGAGGGUUUGAAGUUUCCAAAUGAGUUUGAUGAAUUGGCAAUACAAGGAAAAUUACCAGAUCCAGUUAAAGAAUAUGGAUGUGCCCCAUGGCCUAUGGUUGAGAAGUUAAUUGAAAGGUGUUUAAAAGAAAAUCCUCAAGAAAGACCUACUUCUGCACAGGUGUUUGACAUUUUGAAUUCAGCUGAUUUACUCUGCCUAAUGAGACAUAUAACGAUCCAUAAAAAUGGUACCGUAGAAUGCAUGGUCGUUACGAGCCAUCACAGCAGGAACGCCAGUAUCUGGCUGGGCUGUGGGAAUGCAGACAGAGGAGAGCUUUCCUUUCUGGACUUGACCACCAAAAGACUCACUUCUGAGGAAGUGACUGAUAGUAGAAUACUGUGCCUUGCCUUGGUGCAUCUCCCUGUCGAAAAGGAAAGCUGGAUUGUGUCUGGGACACAGUCCGGUGUGCUGCUCGUCAUUGACACUGAAGAUGGAAAUAAGAGGCACAACCUUGAAAGGAUGACUGAUGCUGUUACUUGCUUGUAUUGCAGUUCCUUUUCCAAGCAGAGCAAGCAAAAGAAUUUUCUUUUGGUGGGAACUGCUGAUGGCAAGUUAGCAAUUUUUGAAGAUAAAGCUGUUAAGUGUGAAGGAGCUGCUCCUUUGAAGAUACUCACUAUAGGAAAUGUUAGCACUCCACUCAUGUGUUUGAGUGAAUCCGUGAAUUCAAGUGAAAGAAACAUUAUGUGGGGAGGAUGUGGCACAAAACUUUUCUCGCUUUCUGAUGAUUUCUCCAUUCAGAAACUCAUUGAGACCAGGACAAAUCAGCUGUUUUCUUCUGCAGCUUUCAAUGAUUCCAACAUCAUAGCCGUGGUGGUAGACACAGCUGUCUACAUUGCGAAGAAAAAUAGCCCAGUUGUGGAAGUGUGGGAUAAGAAAACUGAUAAACUGUGUGAACUAAUAGACUGUGUGCACUUUUUAAGGGAGGACAUGGUAAAAGCAAACAAAGACUCAAAACAAAGUAUGUAUUAUUCUGGGAGAGUGAAAACUCUCUGCCUCCAGAAGAACACAGCUCUCUGGAUCGGGACUGGAGGAGGCUCAGUGUUACUCCUGGAUCUCUCGACUCGCCGACUGAUACGUACGAUUCACAACUUUUAUGAUUCCGUCAGAGUCAUGAUGCCAGCGCAGUUAGGAAACCUUAAAAAUGCCAUGUUGGUUUUGGGGUAUUCCCGGAAAAGUACUGAAGGUAUGCAACACCAGAAAGAAUUACAGUCUUUCUUGUCUAUUUGGGACAUGAAUCUUCCACAUGAAGUGCAAAAUUUAGAAAAACAUAUUGAAGUGAGAAAAGAAUUAGCUGAAAAAAUGAGAAGAAUAUCUGUUGAUUAAGAAGGAUAUCACAAAUCUUUGUCUUUGAUUGGGAAAAUUAUUUUCCUCUCCAGUAAAUACUUGCUUUAAAAAUGUUUACAUAUGAAAAGGGUAUCGUCACUCUCUGAAAAAGCUCAUGUGUAUAGAAGGAAUAUUUAUAUGUUUUAUUUUAAAUAUAAAUAUUGUAUAAAUAAUUACCAUUGAAGUAUAUUUUAAAGAACUAUUUAAAAUGUAACAUUAUAUUUCCUAUAUGUCCUAAUUAAUUUUGUGGCUUAGGUAAUGACAGGAAAUCGAAAAACUACUUGAUUACAGUACUCAUACUAAAAUUUACAGUGUAUGAAUUUUUGUUUUGUAAUCCAUAAUGAAGGUAAACUUUUUAUAUUCUGUGUUUAAACAAGUCUAUUGCUUGAUUACUUUCCAGAUUUUCAGCAAAGUAGAUUUAAAAUAUUAGGACUGUUUCCCAUAUAACAUAUUCCUUUUUAGACUGCUUUUAAAUGCAGUUAUCAAACAUGCUUGUAAAUAGUCAAUGAACUUAUGCUAAUAAAACCCUUUGUUGUGACGGGUGUCCAAUGUGUUGCUGCUGCAAACAAUGCAUCUCACAGCCUUUCUCCAUCUAAACGGAAAUGCCAUGAAACCGUCAACCAUGCUGACGAGAAAACAUCACAUACUGUCAAAGCCCUCCUAUCCAGGAAAGACACAGCCACUCUGCCUUUUCUUAUUUUGCAACUCUGUCUUGGCAUAUGGAUACCCUGGAGUUUGAUAAUCGUUGUAAAUGCAAUGUUCAGUCCUGCAAGUGAUAGUGUCACGUUUUUAUUUUGAUUCUCAGUGCUAAGCCACGCCCCUAGCUGCUUGUUCCUGUCUCUGAUCUUCUGUGCUCUAAUGUUUCUACUCAUCUUUUUUCUCAGUUUUCGACCUUGCAAAUCCUACAUCAUUCAGGUAGAAACCCUGUUUUCAGAAUUGUAGACUUCUACAAUUUCUACCUAGACCACGGGGCCAAAACACUCUUUAGUUUACUGAAGAAGCAAGAAGCUUUAGCUAUGAUGGAUACUUCCUAACCUAGUCUUCUAAUUACACCUAAAUUGUUUAAAUAUUUCACUGUGGUAGGAGAAUCAGGGGCACAUAUCUAGGUAACAAUUUGUCGUUUCUGCUUUAAGGCAAUUUCAUUGGGCCUGGCCAGUAUUUAUCAUUUCAGACACUCCCUACGAUUGGAUUACUAGUCUGUUAUGUUCAGAACUGACUGGUAUUUUAUUAUAUGAAGACUUCAGAUUUGUUUAUAUUAAGGGUAAUUAAAUUAUAUUUUUAUAUUUUAUUUUGUAUUGGUUUCAAAGGUACAGCUUAGUGGUUAAACAGUCAUAUACUUUAUGAAGUGUUCCCUCUGAUAUUGCCAGUACUCCAACUGGCCCAUCCAUAGUUAUUGUGAUAUUACUGACUAUAUUUCCUGUAUUCUUGACUAUAUUUCCUACGCUCUACUUACUUUCCCUUGACUAUUUUGUAAUUACCAAUUUGUGUGUUUUUACCCAGUGUAGGGUAAUCAAAUUCUUAACCUGAAAGAUCCUUUACUUUUCA